UGCAGCAGCCGCAGCACUGGCCGCGGCGCCGGCGCCGGCUCCCGGGCAUUUAAAGGGGACGCGGCGGCGGCGGCCCGGAGGAUGGGGGGCAGGUGGAGGGGAUGGUCAAGAGGCGCACCAUCCACGGCCCUUUGGGAUUGGAGGGACUCGCAAGCCGGUGCCCAGAAACCCGGGGGUGGAUAAGUCACCGCGUCCCCUCCAGUCCCCGUAAGCUCCCCUUGCUCCAUCCUGCGCCCAAAUAUCUCAGCUAGGUCCUCACCCCCAGCCCCCACUCCUUACGCUCCAAACUCAGCCGGGACAGACUGCUGCCGCCGCCGCUUCCCACCUGCCACCUCCCUGUCCCUGCCUGGAGAGGCUCUUCUCUCAGCUUGUCCCGCUCAGGCAGACAGAACCCAGAGGUGACUCCCAGUCCCAGCUUCCUUACUGGCACCAGGGCUCCAGCCUGCAGGGGAAGCUCAGAGAUCCUGCCCCCCUUUAAGGGGCUCUUUUUGGUGACCACAAGAGGAUUCAAUCACUCAGGACAAAGCCGCUGGAGGAGAUCUGGACGACGGCUAGAGGCCGACAAGAGUUUCUACAGGUGAUGCCCAAGGUGAUAUGCCAACAAUGAGUGGGUGUUUUCCAGUUGCUGGCCUCCGAUGCCUGUCUAGGGUGUGCCGUGGACUAGUGCGGGAGGUUCCCACCUCCCCAAGCCCCACUGCUUCUGCUGCCCGCUUGCUUCGGACCCUGGCAGAAACCCCACCUGCUGAUAUGUCCCUCCUGGGGAACUGGUCUUGGAUGUGCCAGCGCCUCUGGCCGUGGUCCGCUAACCAGCCUCUUCCCGGCCGGCUCCCGCCGCGCCGCUUCUCGCUUGUCCCCUCUUCUUCCUGCUCUUCCCCCCUCUGCUCCCAGGACGGCGGGAUGGCCGCGCAGGGAGCGCCGCGCUUCCUCCUGACCUUCGACUUCGACGAGACUAUCGUGGACGAAAACAGCGACGACUCGAUUGUGCGCGCGGCGCCGGGCCAGCGGCUGCCCGAGAGUCUGCGUGCCACCUACCGCGAGGGCUUCUACAACGAAUACAUGCAGAGGGUCUUCAAGUACCUGGGCGAGCAGGGCGUGCGGCCACGGGACCUGCGCGCCAUCUACGAGGCCAUCCCUCUGUCGCCGGGCAUGGGCGACUUGCUGCAGUUCCUGGCCAAGCAAGGCUCCUGCUUCGAGGUUAUUCUCAUCUCGGAUGCCAACACCUUCGGCGUGGAGAGCGCGCUGCGCGCCGCCGGUCACCACGGCCUGUUCCGUCGCAUCUUCAGCAAUCCGUCCGGCCCCGACGCGCGAGGGCUGCUGACGCUGCGGCCCUUCCACACGCACAGCUGCCCGCGCUGCCCCGCCAACAUGUGCAAGCACAAGGUGCUUAGCGACUACCUGCGCGAGCGAGCCCACGAAGGCGUGAACUUCGAGCGCCUCUUCUACGUGGGAGACGGUGCCAACGACUUCUGCCCCAUGGGACUGCUGGCGGCCGGCGACAUGGCCUUCCCGCGCCGUGGCUACCCCAUGCACCGCCUCAUCCAGGAGGCGCAGAAGGCCGAGCCCGGCUCCUUCCGCGCCAGCGUGGUGCCCUGGGAAACCGCCGCCGACGUGCGCCUCCAUCUGCAGCAGGUGUUGAAGACGGGCUGAGGACCGCGGCCUGCAGGGGGCGCCCGGGGCGAGCCGGCUGAAACGGGAGCGCGUGUAGGGAUCGCGAAAGACAAACCUAGUUUUAUUA